AUGCCAAAGAAAGCUCCUUCGUUGAGGUCAUCUACAAGACCGAAACCUCAGCCUGCACCAGCGCCUGCGCCGAAAAGACCGCCUCUUAGAACACCCAGCGCGUCUUAUUCGAGACCCCCGCCAAGUCAUCCGCCACCAACGAUUAAAAAUGAGGGACCGUUAAGACCUCCACCUGGAGUAGGCGCUGCACAAAGAUCAAGAUCUUAUGAAGCUGAAAGUCGGCGACCGCGAUAUCCACCUUCAUCAAGCCCGAGACAAUCCUACUAUGAGCGACCAAGGCGAAGAGACUCGGGCUUCAGGUCUGUGUCGCCUCAAGCGAGACCACCUCCACCUGCGCCUGUACAACGGGCGCUUAGACGGCGCAUGACUAGAGAUUCGGACUGGAUGUCGGAGGAUGAGAGUAGGCCUACAUCUCGUCGUCGAUCUCCGACUCCAGAACGACGUCAAAAGCCUCGACCUCAUGGACCUGAAACACCGCCGUUCCCGCACUCCCCAAAGCCGGCGGUCGCACGUCCGCCAAUGAGGUCUUACCCGACGGACAGCUCACGACCUGAUCCAAGGAGACGUCCAUCUUAUGAGCAACCGCCUUCACCAAGACGUCCACCCGGGGCGGGAAAGAGAUCGCCCCCGUCAGCGUAUAGACCAGCGCCUCAUUUGGCUGCAGACAUGCUGAGAGGGCGACCUCGAUCAAGAGAAAACUCGCCGCUUCGUUCUCACGAAACCCAUGACUCGGCGACAGGCAGGAGACCCAGCUAUCCCGGUGCUGGAAACUCACAGCCCUCCUCUCGAAGACACUCUGUCAAGUCUCCAGAGCACAAGGAGGCCAAGCCUGCUGAGAAGCCCACUGAGAAUGAGCCUAAAAAGAAGGGCUUUGACUUCAUGAAGCAUUUUCCUCAAGCCGUAGCUGCCUACGCUGGUAUCGAAGCACUAGGCAAGCAUGCCGACACGGCCAAAGAAUGGACAGAUUGGUUCAUGAAGCUCCAAAAGACACCCGAGGAGAUCCAUGAGCUAUCCUCGAAGGCGACAACAGCAAGGGACACGAUCACUCAGAUCCAGAACACACUUGAAGCACGACCUGACAUCAUCGAGGGAUAUGAUGCGAAGCCCAUGCGUAGGCAGAUCGAUGAAGCGAUCAGGAACGCGACAACCGCACUGGACGAAAUGACGAAGCUGCUACAAGAGAUUAGCAGUGAUGGGCUUGAGGGGACUAUGUUUGGUGGCCUUGAAGAGUUUUAUAACUCUUAUAAGUAUAAGGAUGAGUGGGAGGAGAAGAUCAAGCUGGCUGAUGGUGAGCUGGAGAAGCAAUUGGCGGCUCUCAGCAAGUUAAUGGUCAACAUUUACUCGCGCGCUCUGAUGAAACCUGUUCCUCCUGGCUUCGACAACCCAGUACCACCCCCGGCUCCAGGGCAGUCUUCAGAUUCUCCUGAUGCAAGACGGUCAAGUACAGCACAGCCUAGCUCAAAGUCAAGGGCGGGCUCAAUUGACUUGGACCCUCCUCCCGUGGGUCGAUACCGGAAGUCGGUUGAUGAAGACGCUGUGAGGUCUGCGCCCUCUGAUGUGUCAACUGAGCCCAAGGUUGAGACCGCAAAGGAUGUAACGCCAGAGGACAAGCCAACGCAACCCGAGAAAGAUGCCGGUGAACCCCAGGCUCAGCUGAAUACCGAUGAGGCUCCAAGUUCUCCUAAGGGUGUGAAGCUCAAGGUUGACGAUGACCUAGCCGAUCUUCCAACACCAUCGCCCAAGACUAGACAUGCAGAACCAACAGAGGUACCAUUGAAGAAGGAAGAACCCACAGGCAUCAAACCCGCGCAGCCGACGCCAGUGGAAGCUAAACCUUCAAGGCUACCAGCACCUGUAGAAGACCCUGAAGAAAUCCUCCUCGAUGCAGCAUGGAACGGCGAUAUCCAAGCCUGCAACUCCGCACUUAGUCACGCCUCUCCCUCAACCCGCGACCAAAACGGCUUCACACCGCUCCAUCUCGCCGCCGAGCGCGACCACCUCGCCAUAGCAAUGCUCCUCCUCGACUCCUCCGCCGAUCCCAACGCUCGCGCCAACGGGGGCCGCACACCACUCCAUCUCGCAGCACGCUACGCAUCAGCCGCACUCGUAGAACUACUGGCUGAUGACGCUCACGCUGAUCCUAACGCUCGUACAACUGAUGGACGGACGCCGUUGCACUAUGCUGCUAGUGUGGCGGAGGAUGGGGAUGAUGAGAAGAGAGAGGUUAUUAGGGUGUUGAGGGAUUGGAAGGCGGAUCCGACGAUUAAGGAUAAUAAGGGGAGGACGGCGAGGGAUGUGGCGCAGAAGAGGGACUUUUGGGAUGUUUCGGCGGCGUUGAGGAGGGCGGAGAAGAGGUGGGAGGAGGAGCAUCAUCAGAACUGGUUUCAGAAACAUGGACUCAAGCGAUGA